AUGCAGGGGAGCUUAGCGCCUUGUCAAGCGUCGAGGUGCGUGAACGUCCUCGAGGGACGGGAGGAGGUCGGCUCCAUGCUGCUUCAGGUGGCAAUGUUGCUUCAAUACCAGUGCUACCGUUCACUUCAAGAACACUGUCCAAGAAACUCCAUCGUUACCUCUUCCCUCAAGCAGAUCUUCGCAGAGGACUGGGACCGGAUGGAUGCAAGCACACGAGCGACGCAUCGAUCCAAACUUCAUCGGCAGCUUGAGCGGGGAAGAAGGUGGUCGAUCGUGACAAAGAGGUUGUCAUUCGGGGUCCUUAUCCUUGGCGGAAAGAAGCUAUCCACACAGGUACACGAUCGCAACUUGAAUAUAGAGAAGCUUGAGUUGAUGCUCUCUCACAUUGUGGAUUGCUUGCUAUCCGGUAGCUGUUGA